AUGAUGUCAUCCCUGCCAACGCUUGCUACCUCUACGUCGCACCUAAAUGCCGCACUACUAGCGCUCGCAAACAGCCGCUACACUAUUUACGAAAACACACGCAUGUCAGGGGAGUACUGCACUCCGCAUCGGAUGUUGCCUGUGGACCGCCGCAAGAAUUCCAGUAGCAAACUUGAAGCAUCCUACGCGCACAAUAUGGCCAAGUACUUUGACGAGGCGUCCGUCUCCACACGCUCCCAUUCCAUGCCUGUAUCGCGACAAAUGGAUUUGCUAAGACAGACGCUGCUGCUCAUGGCGCACGGCCAACACUCUAUCUACGACAAGACGCGGAUCUCAGGUGAGAACCGCACCGCACAUCGGAUGCUGCCCACUUACCGCUACGUUGAACGGUCGGAUCGGUGUUCCGAUGCUACAGACACAUCCUAUGCAAACGCCAUGGCCAACUAUUUUGUCGCUAAGAACAUCAAUUCUCAAAUUGGCCCACGUCGCACCAACGGUGCAGCACUAUGGAAUGAAUUUGCUUCCAAUUUAACUGCCUCAACAAGGAACGCACAUCGCUUGCGCCUCGGUCGUCUCAUUUUGAAUUUGUCAGCUUUGGUCGCAAUCUAUAACAUCGCUUGCCAUAGGAUGAAGACAACAUUUUAUUCUACCCUAAUUCUAAGCGCCGCAGUCGUUUUUGUGAGUGUAGCUGCUGCUCCAUGCAACACUGCUGCUUUGUCACAGCUUACUGUGACUGGAAAUGUGAGAACCUGUCACGCAGAUUCUGGUUACAGUCUCACGUCUCUAGCAAUACCUAGAGAUGCACAGAUCACUGCAAUUUGCGAGAGUGACGCGUGCAAGGAGUCAAUCAACGCCUUGAAGCAAGUCGCACCAAACGAAUGUACUAUCGGCCCCCUGCGUCUGUACGCUGAUGUGAUCAAUCCACUAUCGCAGCGCUGCGGCACAAAUUGGGGGUCCGGGUCAUUGAGUGCACCAGGUUCAGGCCCCAUGGAUGGUGAUGUUGGUUCCGCAUCUGCGUGCGCAAGCAUGUCUGGAUCAGCAAUGAACCACCCACAUACCAGUACACCUCAGCCAAACACACGUCCAAAUUCCGGCCCACCGUCAUCAACACCGACUCCUGCACCUGGAAACGGAGGUGCCGAUGCUCCCACUCUUUCAACCUGCAGUGCUACUGCAGUGCUCGCGACAGUGGUUGCUGCACUUCUCUAA